AUGGCAGGAACUGUGGAAGCAGCUGGGAUAAAAAGACUCUCUUUCUCUCUAUGGUUUUCUCUGUUGGGUGGCCAUCCAUGUUUUGUCACACCCCAGGAUAUUCAUCUAGGAGUCAACGAGAGCACCACAGAAAUGGCUAGGGCGCUCUCUGGUUUGGCAGAUAUUGUGUUGGCUCGGGUGUAUAGUCACUCAUCUGUGGAGCAUCUGGAUAUAGACGCUUCUAUACCUAUCAUUAAUUACCUAUCUGACCUAUACCACCCUUUACAGGUUCUGGAUAACCUAUUGACACUUCAGGAGCACUAUGGCUCAUUAAAAGGCCUCACUUUGGCUUGGAUAAGUGAUGGAAACAAUGUUCUCCACUCUUUUAUGUUGUCAUUGGCUAAACUAGGUGUCAAUCUAAAAGUGGCCACACCCAAGGGUUAUGAGCCAGAUGCUAACGUCCCUCAAGAGGCUCAGCUUCUGUCUAAGCAGUUUGGUACAAAGUUGUAAUUCCUGAUGGAUCCAAUGGAGGCAGCACGGGACAGUAGUGUGGUUACUGACACUUGGGUGAGCAUGAGUCAAGAGGAGGUGGAAGAGAAGAAGAGAAUAAAAAUGUCCAUUAACUUCUUCUGGCCUAAUCUAACAGGAAGUGUGGCGGCACCAGACUGGACAUUUUUGCACAUCACCGUCAUCAUAGAGGAUGAAGUUUUCUACUCACCACGUUCCCUUGUGUUCACAGAGGCUGUGGACCAUCAUGGUAAAUUGUAUGUAAAAAUUUGA